ACGUCGCCUGCAGAAGGGUUAAUCUAAUAAACCCCAAGCGAACCUCAACAUGAAACCGACCCAGGGGCAUCGCAGCGAGGAUGACUUCGUCUCGAGCUCGGCUAAUGCCGACCGUACCAAUAAACGCUGCGCCCUGACUGAAGAAUCCCCAUCAGUGCCCGUGCACACUGUUAUGGUCUACCCUCGGAGACGAAUGCCCUCAUGAAUCCUCAGACUGCAUGCCAAGUGCCAACCACAGCUUCAACAACUUGGCUAACGCUUGUGUCGAGUUCCUCCAUCUCACUGCUUGGCACGGAGAAUCCUGAAACCACCAGUCCGGACCUCCUUCACCUGCAGCGCUGCGCUAUCCGCAUUUUCCGGCUGUCAUGCAGGGCACGAUGGUACUUAAGCUGCGCGACGGACGACUGUUUGCCUGCUGUCAUCACCAACUCAGUCCUUCUUUUCUUUUCUUCCGUUAAUCUUUCACUCUUUAGUCGUUCAUUCAUUUCCACUAUGCAGCGCAGUGCGCUUCUUCUGGCCUUGGCGCCUCUUGCUCUGGGCUGUGUCAGCCCCGAGAGCCAUGCCUGUGCCUCCGUCUACUCUGUCUCUUCGGUGGCUGCAGCCAGCUUCUGUGCCACUUUCACGGCCAGUGCCGUGACCGAGACCACGGGCGUGCCUGACGUCUUCCUGUCCAACUGCGACUACAAGACCAAGCACCUGUCCAGCGCUUGCAGCUGCCUGGGCACCGCCACCGGUGCAGCUGCGGUCACCACCUCGACCGCUGCUCCUGUCGCUGCCACCUCCACCGUGGCUCCCACGACCUUCCAGACCUCCUCCAAGGUCGCCUCGACCAGCCAGGCGGCGUCCACCACCCUGGCUCCAGUCACCACCAAGGUCGCCGUCGCCACCUCCGCCGUCGGCAACGGCGGCACGACCUGCACGGUGACCGAAUAUGCCUCGAUCUCGUCCGCCGUGUCCUCGUGCUCCAACAUUCUACUGUCUGGCAUCAGCGCCCCGGCCUCCAGCACGAUCGAUCUCUCCGGUCUGCAGACGGGCGCAGCCGUGAUCUUCGCGGGCGAAACUACCUUCGGAGACACGUACGACGACGACUUCGACCCGAUCGUGAUCUCGGGAACUGACGUGACGAUCACGGGCGUGGAUGGUCACGUUAUCGAUGGCAACGGACAAGCAUACUGGGACGGCGAGGGCUCGAACGGAGGCCAAGAGAAACCGGAUCACUUCAUCGUUGUGAAGAAAAUCUAUAACAGCACGAUCAGCAACCUGAACAUCCAAAACUGGCCGGUACACUGCUUCGACAUCGAAUCCAGCAGCGGACUGACCAUCACCGGAAUAACCCUCAACAACUCCGCCGGCGACGCCGCCAACAGCCUCAGCUCCGGCGACCCGGCCGCACACAACAGCGACGGCUUCGACAUCAAGAGCAGCACGGACCUAACGCUCACCAACUCGUGGGUGCACAACCAAGACGACUGCGUAGCCGUCACCUCGGGCAGCAACAUCCUGGUCGACAACCUGUACUGCUACGGCGGACACGGGCUGAGCAUCGGGUCGAUCGGCGGCAAGAGCGACAACACGGUCGACGGCGUGACUUUCUCCAACUCGCAGGUCGUCAACUCCGAGAACGGCUGCCGCAUCAAGACUAACUCCGGCGAGACCGGCGAGGUCUACAAUAUCCGGUAUGAAAAUAUCACGCUCUCCGGCAUCACGGACUACGGUAUCGAUGUCCAGCAGGAUUAUUUGAAUGGUGGGCCUACUGGUGAGCCCACCAAUGGGGUGCAGAUCACGAAUGUUACCUUUGUUGAUGUCACGGGUACUAUGAGCGAUGGCAAGGAUUAUUAUAUCCUCUGUGGAGACGGCAGCUGUGAGAAUUUUGUGUUCGAGGGCGUGAGCAUUACCGGCGGUAGUGGCGAUAGCUGCAAUUAUCCGGAUUCCGGGUGUCCCUGAAGGUGCCAGUGGUAUUUGAGGUUGAGAGGAGGGUAGGAACGAGGUACAGGGAUCGAUGGGGUUAGGUUUGAUAGCUUACUAUAAAA